GAGGGGGUGGGGGUUGCAUGGACCUCACUGGUUAAGGGUCCUAUAGGCACCCCGAUUGUGCUGCUAUUAUUUUUGAGGUGAGGACAAAAGAAAGGGAAUUUUUUGGAGGAAAAGGCCCAGGAACUGUGUGGAUGUGACGGGGCCCCUAACUCCGCCGCUGCUGGUCGGCGUUGUCAAGACGGGAAAGGGAGAAAAUCGGCGGGGCUUUCCACUCAAGACCGAGGUUUCCGGCUACGGCGGAGAAAAUUACACAAAACACCCUUUAUGCUUCAUUCGGCCUUGGGAUUCAGAGUCUGACGCUGAAAUCAGAUAUUGGCCCCCCUCCUGCUAGCAAAUGAGAAGGAUUAAAUGGUACAAUACAAUAAAAGUGGAAUGUGAGAAAGAUAUCCUCGGUUCUUUGGAUGACAGUCAUCUAUGGAUGUUAUAAUGGCAAGAAAAAAAGAUGGAAGAAAAAGGAAAGGAAAUGGAAGAAUCUAGUACAGGAAUUCAGAGACCACCAGCAUAAAAAGUAACAAAGUAAUUCAAUCAUACAGGACCAGAAAAAAAAAAACAAGAAAAACAAAUGAAAAAAGACCAGAGACCUUAACAAUGGGAAAAAAAGACGAAUAAAUUAAACUGACAGCAUUUAAAAAGAAAACGCAAAGCAUAUGCAGUGUUUACCUCUGAAAAACGAGCAAACACGGAAAUCAGACCUUGUUUAAUAUACUUACUGCUGGGUCAAAACAAAGUACCUUAUUAGGUUCUGAAGUAUUAAUUGUAGAAAAUAUUGGUAUUAAUUGUAAAACAUAUUGUACAGUACUGCUGCUAAGUCUACGCAGAAAAUAACUGCCAUAGGAAGAAAUUGAAUCAUGUUAUUUUCGGUGAACUCGUGAGAGCAGUCAAUUCCCAAUUCAAGGGUGCAGAGACUAACUACUUUCCAAUAUUGGAAUGAUAUGGAGUUUUGUUACGAUUUAUGUAAAUUCUGUUUCCCCAGCCACUGUUACAACUGUUUGACCUUUAGUUCCUCUAGUUUCUAUAGUAACCCUGAUUCACAUUGCCCAAACGUCUAGUGCCAAACUGCUGCAGGUGCAUUGUGGUGAUUGUAAUAUCCUUACUGUACUCUAAUUGUUCCUGUUGCAGCACCCAGAGCCUUUUUUCAUUUGAAUUCACUGUAAUUUAGCAUUUUCAGUCAGUGUGUAAACAUCAAACAUCAGGCUUGAAAAAGGCUUUAAGAUUUAUUGUAAAUGUGGAAAUUGCAGCUUUUAAUGCUACCAUCCAAUUUGCUAGAUAUGAUUUGAAAUUCCAGCCUUCAGAUAUUGAAUUUCCAUUGCCAAUGUGCAUUCCUUCUCUUGUUAUGAUUGCACCUCUUGCAGUUACAUUUGUGUAAAUUGCACCUGCUUCAGCAGCUCCCGUGAUGGUGUUGACUUUAAUGUUCCUCUUGUGACUGCAACUCAUGGCUAUAACUUUGUACGGCGUUGGCCACUAUUGCAAACUUUUACUGUCCAGCGGUAACAGUGGAUUACUUUUUCCUUCAAAGACUCAUUUUUGAACAGAGGUUGAAGGAAGAACAUUGAAAGAUAAAACUAUCGGAAACUGAAAAACCUAAAAAGAAAUGCAGAAUUUUCGAAACAACUCCGUUCCCCCUGCUCUUCCUCCAGGGUUUUCUGGCGGGAGUGCUGUAGGUGGGGGAAAUGCCUCCUACCUGUCCCAGUCCUCUGGGCCUCAGUGCUCACCAAGGAUGGCAGAGGAAUAUGCAGUGGUACAACAGCAAGCCCAACAAAAUCCUCAGAGACCAAACCAGCACCCACACCAGCUAGUGACCCACCACCCAACUCAUGCAUCCCACAUUCUGGGUUACGCAGGUAGAAAUAGAGCAACUGGGACUGGGGAAGCAUUACACAGUCAUGCGAACAGCGGUGGUAGUAGCAUCAGUAACAACCCUUACCGAAAAGAAAUGAUGGAUCAUUAUUUUUCAAUGAGUGGAAAAGACCGACAUCGGAGAGGUGGCCAAGCAUUGGGAUAUGGGCUGGGUUUUGGAUACCCAAAUAUGGAUGGGCACAUUCCUCAUCAGUACCGCCAUGCCGGAGCAGGAUCUUCUGGAAUGAUGGCUCACUAUCAGUUGGACUACAGUGCUGCAGCUGGUUCUGGUGGUACUAGCAACAGCGGUAGCAGUAGUGGCACUGGAGCCUUUUCUCCUUCCCACCAGUACAGUUUGAGUCAAAACACCCCAAUCCAAACAGCAGUGGGACCUCCAAUACACUCACGUCAACAAGCCCAGAAUUACUCUUCCCAACAAGCUUUGCACCAAGGGCAACAGCACCGAGGUUAUCCCACCUCUGGACACCGGCUGCCUCUUCAAUUUCCCCUCUACUCCUCUCCAAAUGCGCCUACUGGGACACCAGGGAUGUAUAACUCACCCCCGCUGAGAUACCAUGGGGGAAGCAACAGUGGUGGUUUUGAAUGUAAAGUGAACAGUUCAUCUACUGCUAACACGAAUCCUAGCUCUGUUAGUUCAGCAAAUUCAAACAAUAUAGGGCCAAUAGAUGGUGCAGGGCAAAGUUACCCCUCUUCUGGUUACUCUCCAUAUCAUUCCCAGCCAUCUCAUUCCCUUCACAAACACCCUGCCCAACCACAUCGUGGGUCCCAUCAUAAUUUAUCUCUGGGUUAUGAUGCCGCUCACAAAAUUCAUUCCUCUAGUCUGCUACACCAAUCCCCUGCUCCAGGUCUGACUGACCCUGAAAACCGUGCAACAUCCUCAACUGUCCCCUCCACUAAUCCCUCUAUGCCGCACUUCUCUUCCCAAGAAAUAUCCAAAUCUCCGAUGCACUCUCAAUCCCACCAGCCCCAAGUGCAUCAGAACUUCAGCCCAAUAUCUAAUCCAUCUCCUGCUGCCUCUACAGUCCAGUCACCCAGUUGUAGCUCCUCUCCCUCUCCACUGAUGGGCAUUUCUGAAACGGGAAACUCCACAGGGCCCGCCACUCUCCAAAAAACACGUACCAGUCAUAGUCAGAGUCGGCUAUUACAGACUGUGUCUCAGCUUAGCCCAGCACCUAACUCUAACAGUAGCAUCAGCAGCUGUGGGAGUGGCAGUGGUAAUGUGAACACUGCUGGUCUAAAUUCAAAUUCUGUAUCAGUUCGAACUUGUAUGGCCAUGGGAGUAGUUGGUGUACGGGAAGAAAACUCCUCUACCUUAUAUCCUUCUUCCCCUCUUGACAAACUAAUGCCAGAAUCUGCAAUCAACAGUCUAAAUGCUUUGACUUCACAAGUGGCUAAUUUGCCCAAUACUGUGCAACAUAUGCUACUCUCUGAUUCAUUGGUGUCACAGAAGACUGGGAAAGAUGGAGGAUUCCAGGAUCAUAUGCGAGAACAUCUAAUGCAGCAGUCAUCACAUGCCUUGCCAACUAGUCAGCAAAGGAAUAGAGGUAUUAGUGAUACUUUUAUUGCUAAGGCAGCCCGGGAAGGAAUUGGAACAUUCAGUAGUGAAACUGCUAACUCUGAAGAUGCUCCUUCCAUAGUGCCAGAGAGCCCUGUAAGUGGAAGGGAAGGAGAAGAACAGUUUUCUGGAGGGGAAGGUGAAAGAGUGAGGCAAAUGAGUGGUGCCAGCAGUAGCUCUGAGCCGACUGGCUACUAUGCUCUGUCUCAGAAUCGCAGGAACCAAAUCCAAUCACAAACUGAGCAGGGUGCUCAGAGUUUGCCUUUGCAAGUAGAAAUAGGAGCAGUGACACAAAAGAACCAGGCUUUGACUUCUCUGAGUGUCUCUCAACCUAGAAAAAAUGAAGCAUGUGGUACUUUUCCUAAAUCUCCUUUAUCUUCAUCCCCUUCUUCCCAUCCUCCCUCUGCACAACCCAGCCCUAACCAAACUUCUUCCUGCCCACCUGUAUCUUUGGUUCCAACCUUCUCCUCUCCCUCCUCAUCCCUCAUUUCCUCUUUUCACCCCAGUCAUGUUAAGAAGGCUGUUGUUGAUUCUCAAAAAUCUGGUAGAGAGAGGGUAAAGGAAGAAGGGGAGGGUAAAGGUAAGAAAGAGGAAAAUGAAGAAAGAAGUGAAGAAUGGAAAAGCAGCAAAGAGACUAAGGUGAACUCAAAGGAAGAAAAAGACAGAGACAAACAGGGGGUAAAAGAAGAAAUAGUAGUGCAUACACAUCCUUCCAAAAGAAAACCGGAAGAACAGGAAAAACAAGAGAAGGCAAAAUAUUUGGAUGAUCCAAGUAAAAACCUGAAUACUGAGGAGACUUACAAUACAGGUGUAGGUGUCAUUGUCUCUACACGUUCUGAGAUUCUUCAAUCUGCAACAAUAACAGAACCACAAACUGCCACCUGUGCGGCUCCACAUAGUCUUCGUCAGUCCCACAAUCUUAGGAAUUAUUCUGAAGAGGUUCUCUCACGUAGUUCUGCUGGAGAUUCCAACGAUCUCAAUGGAGAAGAUGAUGACAGGUUGUGUACUUACUCUUCAAAUCAUGGAACCAAGGUUCCCCAUAAACUAGGCAGUGAGCAUUCCUUGUCACCUCCUCCCCCAAGUUCUGAUACACGAAAAGUCCCAUUUGGAUCCUCAGAGCUACACCAUGGGUCUGAAAUUGGGUUGAAAAACAGAGGGAGAGGAGGAAUGGGAACAAAUGUGAAAUAUCAUGGGUAUCAUCAACCUCAACCCAGUUACAAUUCUGGGCCCAGGAAGGGUGCAGGGGUUGAUGAACUAAGUAGGAGAGGGAAUGGAUUUGAUGCAGGUAGGGGACAGGAAUACAAUUCUCAACUACAGCAACAAUUGCAACAGCCAAGUCUUUUACAAGAAGUUCUGCAAGGGUAUCACUUGGACAGACGUUAUGGACGCACUGAGAACUCAGCACAGAAGAUCUCAAAGGCCUAUUCCCAAUCUCAAAAUACAGCUCACCAGUCCCACCCUAGGCAUCCUUAUGUCAUGCCAGAAAAUGUAAGACCCCAUGUUCUAGUCCCCGAAACUGGGAUUCAUGGGGACCACCAAUCGCAUACACACACAGCAGCCUCUGGGAAGCGUCACCCUCCAAACCAGGGCCAGGGGAGCGAGCAUGUUGUGGGACAGGAUUCUUCUACACAUUCCUUGGGGUCUGGGGGAUUAGGAGCAAAAGAAGAACAUUGCAGUGCAGACAAGCACCAGACUGGAACAACUCGCAGUCAUUCCACUCCAAGCAUGGAGCAAUCUACAGAAUCUUCACCAAGGCCUCCUCCAAAACACAUUAACUUAGCUGAUUAUUCCCUACCUCACAGGAGACCCUCUUCAAAUCUCUCCGCUCACAACUCUGCUGUGCAGCAAAUACUACUUCAGGACACUGAAACAAUGGCUGGAAUUGGAGUACCUAAAAGUCAAACUCAGCCUCAUGCAUCAUCAUCUUUGUUAUCCUCAGAGCGCCGUUCUGUAAUUUGUGACAUCUCCCCAUCUCGCCGAACUACACCAGAAAGGGAGAGGGAUGGAGAAGUUGAUCAUGGGAGAAGCCAUCCACAGACCGGGUCUUCUGUCGCCUCUGUGAUUCAGCAGUCUCAUUCUACUCCCUCUGCAAUACAAGAAUCAGAAAACAGUAAGGCAGAAAAAAGUGAGAACAAGGCAGUGGAUUUUAAACCAAUUUCCAAGGAGGCCCAAAACCUCACGUCCAGUGCAGUGCAUAUUCCAGCUAAAGAACCUUCUGUUCAGAACCAGAACCGUUCUCCACGCCCAUCUGUUGACACAAGCUCUGAUACUCAGCAAUUCUCAAGUGCAAGGAAGGGGGAAAGUAAUUCAAUCAGUAGUCCCACAUGUCAUCCCAAGCAAGCUACCCAACACCCUUCAUCCAAUCCUAGUCCACUGUCUUCACCACCAUCAAGAUGUCAGCCCUACUUUCAAGGCUUAGAUGAAGUUAGUGGUCAUUCUACUGGAUUGGGAAGGUAUGGUCUUGGAGAAAUGAGAGUGGGGACCCCAAAAGCAAUUUCCUAUCAACCACAGUACCCUUUGCAUCCCCACCAUAAUGUACCAUCCCAGGCUCAACUAGAAAAUUCUAAAUCUCUGAAAUUACAAAUGUAUCCCCACCCUCAUCCUCUUAAUCAGUCACAUGUACUAGAUGAGAGAUGUGACUGGACAGCUUCAAACAGUAACAGAUCCACAGAAAAUACCAUGAUGUCUCCUAGAUCAGGCAGGCCUCGACACCAAAGCCCACCGGGGCGGAGAUCUCUUGACAGCUUGCCUGCCCCUCAACCUCAUCUUCAGGGGAACUAUUAUGACCCUGUCAAAAUGUGGGGAUUGUCUGAAAGAGAUGGUAUAGGGACAAUGGAAGGUGGCAAUUCCCGAAGAAACCAGGUAUCUGCAGCUGCUUCUGGGGCAGUAGCUCUGCCUGCAACUCCAGCAUCUGGGGCACGAUGUGUUCAGUCAAACACCCCAAGGGAAGAGCUGGUCAAAUCAUUGCAUCAAAUGCCGACAUCCAGUUCCCAUAAUCAGUCUGUUUGUAGUAAUAGCAGCAGCAGUAACAGUACAAAUGUUAACUUGGGGGUGCAACAGGGUCAUGGGCAAAACAGAACAGUUGGUUCUGGGGACACCAACCCUCUAAUGAUGAGAAGAAGGGUCCGUUCUUUUAUCUCGCCAAUUCCUGCAAAGAGGCAGCAUCAAGAUAUAUCUCAGCAUCAAAGAGGUUCUUCUAGUCAGUACCCUGCCCCCUUACCUAACUCUGAAUCCAAGCACCAAAAUGAUGCAUCAUUGAGUCCAGAUCCGUCCCAAUCUAAAAUGGCUAUUCCUAAUGCUCCUUCACCCACUCAUGGUAAAACUAAAAUUUUGCCACCCCGGAAAGGCAGAGGCCUUAAGCUGGAAGCAAUAGUGCAGAAAAUUACCCCCAAUGUUAAAAAGACCACAAACAAUAACAGUCACACUAAUUCUGCAUCAAACCAUCUUUCUGGAUUGCCUCAUUCACAGGUUACUGAUUGUAACUCAGAAACACAGGAGCAAGACGCUUGUGUUGAGAGCAAUUUCUCAAGAGUUGGUACUGUGACCGGGAGUUGCUUACCUUACUUGGGUGAGGGUCUUUCCUUGGAUGAAAUUAUGUACUACAGAGGGGUUGAGGAAACUGGGCCCCUUCCUCCUACUGCCUAUCCAUGUGACCCCCAUCAAGAUCCGCAAAUGCUCAAAAGGGAUGCAACAGGAAACAUGACAAGGAAUCCUGUUGGGGAUUUAGAACCAGAUUUUGGAAUAAACACAACAGUAUCUCCAAUGACUGAACGGGAUGGUGUGGUAGAGAGGGCUAAAGAUGAACUUCAGAUAGAUUCUGACUUCCCCCUUUUAGGCCCCUUACCACCUCCUCCUCCAUUACCUUGUCCUGUGCAAGCCUCCCCUCCUCCUUCUUCCUCUGCUUUGUCUGACAUUCAGCAUUUCACAAAUACAUAUCAGCAACUGGAGACUCGGAAAGGAGAACAUUCUGCAGCUAACCUGCUCAGGCAAAAACUGCAAGAAACUGGCAUGGGCUUGGGAAUGGAUGACUUUACAGGCAAUGACUAUUUUGGGACCCAGCCAGCUCACCAUAACCCAGAUAUAGGUGCCUGCCUGCUAAACAGGGCCCCACAUGUAUAUCAGCAACAUCUAAUUCCUUCUGCUCGGACUGCUUCCUCAAUGGCAGGCUUAUCCCAAUUACCCGAACCAAAGCCUCCAGAGAGUGCAGUGCCUAAAGGAUACUUCCCAUCAGGGAAGAAGAAGGGACGGCCUGUCGGUAGUGUAAAUAAGCAAAAGCGUGCCCAGGCCCAAGCCCACAAUGCGUCACUUAAUACGCCCACUGUUAAUGUUAAUGAAGCACCUCCACUUACACCUACGCAUACACCUGCCUACAGUGCAACAUCACAGAUUGUAUCUAGUGCCAGUUCCUCUGCUGAAACUUCUGAAACUUUUCUGCCAAAUGAUAACAAAAUUUCCUCUGCAUCAGUUUCUCCUGCUGCGUCUCAGACGGUUAAAACCGAUGCAGAGAGUGAGGAUUUGCAGCCGGAGAUAAAAUUGAAUUCCGUUGGGCACGAUCAAAGAACGGGAGAAGGUGAAGAAGGUGAUAAGGUUUGGGUAGGCAACAGACAGAGACGAAGGAGAAGGAGAGGAGUAGUAGCAAUGGUGGGGAAAGAGGAACUGCAAGCUGGGACUCAAGUUGGAGGGAAAUUUGUCGCGGGUGGAAGUUUCACAGAUUACAGGUCGUCUGCAUUUGCUCCUUACAUUCAUGUGGAGAGAAAGGAAGUGGAAAUGGGAGCUGUUUGUACUAUUGUGAAUGCUGAAGAUGAACUGAUGAAAGGAGAAAAUGGUGGUGAAGGAGGGAUUGAUGUGAUUUUAACUCCAAUUUCUUCAUCUCAAGGAGACCGAGAAAUCGAAAACAUGAGAGAGAAGAAAGAACCAGAACCAGUAAGUUCUGUACUUCUUGAGUCUUGCACAACAGGUAAAGCUCUUCCCUCGUCUGGGUAUGUUCUGUCAGGAGCAGUGUCUACCGAAUUGGGCCAAUUUGGCCAACUUCUCUGCUGUCUGUGCAAGAAGUGGGCCAACUACAAAAAUCUUGGAGACCUCUAUGGACCCUACUACCCUCCUGAGUACGCUUCUAAGCUUCCUAAGAGUCACCCCCAGACUCGACAGAGUCUUUUGACCUGCAGAGCCGGUAGCAUAGGAGUAUCUGUAGGAACAGCGUCAACAGAGUCAAUGAAACCGAACAUUCAAACAAUAGAAGCCCAAACUGCCAAGUCUGUGAUGGAAACUCAGCAUAUAGGAUAUCAAGAUGUAGACCCAGUAUCCGUGUCUAUAGACACAGUAUGUCCAGUGGUUAGCAGGGACAUGCAUGCUCUCCCAGACCGUUUCAGCAGUGUUGAUGCUGACAGUGAAGAACCACAACAGCAGGACCUGGGCCAAGACGUUAUGACUAAUGAUGGGCUUUUGCAACAAUCUCAACAACAAAGUGAGCUUGAGGAAAAACCAGAAUCACAAUUGCAGAACCAGCAGUGGCCCACAGAAGAAAUUCACCAAAGGCCACAGCACAGAAAACUGACUUCCCAUCCACGGUUCAAACGACGACACAAAUCCAGUGAGGAUUUACCCAAAUCCACACCCACAAACAACAAAGCGUUGCUGCCUUUUCAGCCCCCACCACAGCCACUUAACCAAGACGCCUCUGAGCCUCUCUCUCAAUUAGCCCAGCUUCCUCAGGUUCCUCUUGACCCAGAGGAGUUGUGGGUGCAUGAGAGUUGUAUAGUCUGGGCCAGUGGGGUUUACCUGGUCAACGGACGGCUCUAUGGCCUAAAGGAGGCCCUGGAUGGUGCCAGUGACACACGCUGCUCACGGUGUGAGGCUGUGGGCUCCACCCUCGGCUGCUACAGUAAAGGCUGCACACUGCGAUAUCAUUACCUGUGUGCCCUUGAAGCAGACUGCUCUCUAAACGAAGACAAUUUUUCACUGCGAUGUCUGAAGCACAAGUUCCCUCUGAACAGUUCAGCAGUGAAGCCGGUGUGUCCUGAGCAGUCUGAGAGAGGAUGAUUUAGGAAGGAGGAGAGACAUUGAUGGCUGAGACUGGUGAGUGGGGGACAGCAACGGCAGAACAGUCCUUUUGUGGAAACGUCGAAAGACAAGAACAGAUGACCAUGAAAGAAGAGUAACGAGUGAAGAGUUUGGGGGAAAAAAAAAAAACACUUUGGGGGGGGGGGGGGGGA